UAUCAGUGCCAGUCAGUCCUGCCUAUCAGUGCCGCCUAUCAGUGCCAUCAGUGCCUCCUCAUCAGUUCUCAUCAUUGCCUCCUAUCAGUGCCCAUCACUGCAGUUUCAUUAGCGCACAUCAGUGAAGGAGAAAAAUUACUCACUUACAAAAUGUUAUAACAGAAACUAAGAAAAAAGCUUUUUUUUCAAACUUUUCAGUUGUUUUGUUUUUGUUUAUCAAAAAAUAAAAAACCCAGUGGUGAUUAA